CUGCUUUAAUCUGCCUCAAGAAUAAUUGAAGAGAUGGUCCAGACAAAAGUAUGUUUUGUUUUUUUAAAGAAAAAUUCUGAAUGUAUUAACAAUUUCACAUAAAGAAUCUCAAUCAAAGAACAAAUUAUGGGAAGUUGUUUAUUCACUGUUUAUAGGGUUCUGAGCUUUUUCAAUGGAAGUUGAUGGUUGAUCGGAUUUCCAAGUAGAAAACCGAUAUGGGUUUUGAGCUCUGGAUCUGUUAAAGUAGAGGGAAUUGGGUCUAUUACCAGAUGGGUCAUGAAUCCUUUUGUCGCUGAUCGAGGGUUUGGUCGAAUUGGGUUUCUGGGUAAAGGAGAUUAAAGUGAUUCUUCUUCUUUACCAAAAAAAAAGUGAUUUUUGUUGUUGCUGAAUCUUGGUGUUGUCUGCCAUGGAGAAGCAGAAGAGCUUCCGAGGAAUCAUGGAGAAACAGAAGAGCUUCCGGGGGUUGAUCGAGAAACAGCUCAGCUUCCGAGGGGUGAUGGAAAAACAGAAGAGCUUUCGCAUAGCCAUGGAGAAGCAGCAAAGCUUUCACGAGCAAAGGAAGAGCAAGGAGUCGCCUGGAAAAAGGGGAGAUUCGCCAUUUCAUCUGGCUGCUCGAGUGGGGAACUUGACCAAGGUUAGAGAAUUUCUUCAAGAAUGUGACAGCGGUAAUCUGAAGGAUUUGCUGUCAAAGAAGAACUUUAAUGGGGAGACUGCCCUCUAUGCUGCAGCGGAGAAUGGUCACGCCGAAGUUGUUAGCGAGCUCUUGAAGUAUCUAGACCUUGAAACUGCAUCUCUCCCAGCCAAUAACUGUCUCGAUUCAUUCCAUGUUGCAGCCAAGCAGGGUCAUGUUGAGGUUUUGAAGGAGCUUCUGAAUUCUUUUCCUCACUUAGCCAUGACAACGGAUGCAGCCAACUCUACUGCUUUGCACACAGCUUCCAGUCAAGGUCACAUUGGUGUUGUCAAUCUCCUACUGGAAAAUGAUUCAAACCUUGCAAAGAUAGCUAAAAGCAAUGGUAAGACUGCCCUCCACUCUGCAGCAAGAUUGGGGCACUUGAAUGUGGUGAAAUCCUUGAUAACGAAGGACCCAAAUACUGGUUUUAGGACUGAUAGGAAGGGGCAAACUGCAUUGCACAUGGCAGUGAAAGGGCAUAAAGAAGAUAUUGUGCUUGAAUUGAUUAAACCUGAUCCCUCUGUCAUCAAUUUGGAAGAUAACAAGGGGAACACAGCAUUGCAUAUUGCAACUACGAAAGGCCGCCCUAAGAUGGUUCGCUGUUUAUUAUCAGUUGAGGGUAUUAAUGUUAAUGCAUUCAAUAAGGCUGGAGAAACUGCACUUGAUAUUGCUGAGAAAUCUGGAAAUACAGAGAUUGCCUCUAUUCUAAAAGGAGCAGGGGCCACUACUGCUAAGGACCAUGCAAACCCUCCAAGUCCAGUAAAGCAACUGAAGCAGACAGUUAGUGACAUAAAACACGAUGUUCAGUCACAACUGCAGCAGUCCCAUCAAACUGGGGUUCGGGUACAGAAGAUUGCAAAGAGGCUAAAGAAGCUUCACAUAAGUGGCCUAAAUAAUGCUAUAAACUCAGCUACAGUGGUCGCAGUCCUUAUUGCAACUGUUGCUUUCGCAGCCAUCUUUACUGUACCUGGUCAGUAUGUUGAGGAUGAAGUGGUUGGCUUAUCACUUGGUCAAGCCCAUAUUGCAAAUAAUCCAGCUUUCCUGAUCUUCUUCUUGUUUGACUCUCUGGCUCUUUUCAUCUCCUUAGCCGUUGUGGUGGUCCAGACAUCUGUUGUGGUAAUCGAACAGAAGGCAAAGGAACAACUAAUGUUUGUGAUCAACAAACUCAUGUGGCUAGCUUGCCUCUUCAUAUCAGUGGCUUUUAUAUCUCUAACAUAUAUUGUGGUGGGUCAUCAUGCCCGAUGGCUUGCUAUCUAUGCCACAGUAAUUGGUGGCUCAAUCAUGCUGACUACUAUUGGUUCCAUGUGCUACUGUGUCAUUUUACACCGGAAGGAGGAGUCAAAUAUGAGGAAUAUAAGGAGGGCAUCUGAGAGCCGGUCCCGUUCAUUCUCUGUAUCUAUGGUACCAUCAGAGUCUGAACUAAAUGAGUACAGGAGGAUGUAUGCAGUUUAGGUUUGUUUCAAGCUUCCCUUCGAUACCCGAUGGAGAUCAAAUUGACGUUUUACAUCAUCUUCCCGUUGAUUUGGCCUAUUAAUUCGAGCUGAGUUGUAGAAGCAGAGAUCAUGGAGUAAGAAACAGAUACUGUGUACUAAUAAUUCAAGGAAUUGACCUCGAGCAGAAAUCUAUUAUAAUCUUUACCUGUCUUCAAACUCCAGACAAUGAAUUAGAGUUGCACUUGAAUGUAUAAUGUAUAUAAGACAAACCUACAUUAGGGUUCAGAGAGCAGUGGAUGCUAUAGAUGAUCUUUUUUGUUGCUUCUUCCAACAUAGAUGGUUGGAUUGGUGAGCACUUGGGAGGUAAUUCGAUCCUGUAACUCUGCUUAUUGUAAUCCUCCAGGUGUUCCUUUUUUAUUCCACUGAAAUGUAUACAGUCAUCUCUCACAGACAUGUGCACAUGCGAACGUUGAUUUCUGAAUCCAGGAAUGAAGUUACAAAGGGUUUUCUGUUUCACUUUUCACCCAGUUGAAAGGUGAAAUUUUCUA